AUGACCAGGAAAGAAAGAAAGCCCCUGCGAAAACGAGCACAAAGGAGCCGAACGAGGCUCCUGCAUGUGACACUGGACGAGCUGGUGCCGGUGUACUCGGAGCCAGACGGUGGGAAACUUCGGUCAGGGAGGACCGUGACCCAGUUGCUGCAUGACCUUGUAAGCUACACGAAGUCGCUCAUGUCUCCUGUAAAGCACGUGAAGAAGGAGCCGCGGACGACGAGAGAACCGGAGGCAGCACUGAGAAAUGAGACCAUCCGGCGAGGGAUGUUGUCGUGCAGGACAGAAAGCAUGCUGGUCUUCGACAGGAGCACUCUGCGGGUGGAAGAUGCGAACGACGGCAUGCUCCGCUUUCUAGGAAAGCUGCCUUUCAAGGGACCACAGGGCUACAGCCUCCUGCACCUCAUCCACCCUAUGGAGCAGGGGAGGAUCACUGCCCUCCUCCGCAUGCUGGAUCAUCAAGAUGGAAGGUUCUGGAUGGAGACAGAAAUCCUGCGGUUCUCGGGGAACGGAGGGUUCUGUGGCAGCAGAUGCUCGCUCUUCUGCUCAGCAGCAGAUAGCAAGAGAGGCUUCAUCUUCAUAGAACCAUGCACUUCUCUGUGCUUGCCCAGGUCUCCACCGCUGGGGGGAGGGAGCAGGCGAGGCGGUGACUUUGAGAGGUGUUUUCAGUUCGAGGAGAUUUGCUCCUCGAGCUGCCCGCUAGAGAUCUGCAGUCUGUUAUCCUCUUCCUUAGGAUCGACGUGUGUGGGAUGGUACGGGACCAUCGCCCAUUUCCUCAGUCUCCACCAGAAAUCAGAUCUUGUCGAUCAACUACUGCAUGAGAUGAAGAUCAUUCGACGAUCCGGCGUCGUCCUUCGCAUGAUCCAGUUGUGGUGCCGGGUGACACACAGAUCGAGCUCCGAGAUUUCCUUGCAGAUUUACUUCCGUCUGAAACUUCCCGUCCUCUUUGGCUCGCAUGCAACAGACUGGCAGCUGGCUCUGGACAUAAACUUCUCCAACAACUUCGCCAUGGUAGCCGAUGGGUCCUCAGGGUCCUUCACGGCAUGGGAACUUGACUUUGACUGCUGCGAUGAUGAAUUUCGAAUCCUCGAGCUCAAGCUCAAGGAGAACGGCAAUCGUCUCGAGUGCUGCCACAGCAGGUUCCUGUAUCUUUCACCCGACGAGUUCCACUACUCAGGAUAUAUCCCCUCUUCUCAGACGUUGGAGCCCAAAGAUAUGAAAUUCCACCAGGUGUUCAGCAAGGUCUCCCAAGUACCUGAAUGA